AUGCUGAAAUAUCGAGGAAUAAUUGUGAUCUUCUUCGUUGCUACUAUUGUUCUAGCAACGAGUGAGGUAACUCAAAAAUCCUCCACAGAAAAGAGUUCCGUAUCGGAUGAGGCUUUAGAGGCGACAUUAAAAGACAAACGGUAUCUAAUGAGGCAACUAAAAUGCGCCUUAGGAGAAGGACCCUGCGAUCCAGUCGGUAGAAGAUUAAAAAGCUUGGCCCCGUUAGUGCUGCAGGGCUCCUGCUCGCAAUGCACGGAGCAGGAGCAAAGGCAAAUCAGGAAGGUGCUCGGGUACAUGCAGGUCAAUUUUCCCAAAGAGUGGAACAAAAUUUUGAGGCAAUAUGCUGGUUAA